AAAUCAAAGAUAGCAUAGAGAGAUUGCAAAGUAAACAAAGCUGAAACGAAAAGCGCAACCGAAAUUAUCGUCGCAUCUUUUUCCUAAUUUGCUUUUACAUCCGCGGUAAAAAAUCUUCUUUAUUUUCAACCAAUUUUUUUUUCUUACUUUACCAAAAAAGAAACCAAACAAAACAAAACAGCGGCUAAAAACAUAUUUUUUUUCAAAAGGUUGUGGCUGCAAUUACAAGCAACUCUGAAUAAGUUUCUAACUUCAUCUGAAAACAAUUCUAAAAAAUUAAAAUGCGAUAAACGAGAACUAAAAUAGUGUUUAUUCAACGCCAAUUAAGAAGCUUGCCCAUUUUUUCUAAGUAAAAGAAGUUUAUCCACGAUUCAAAGCGGAACUAAUUUGUACGAUGUCCAUCAACGACAUUUAUGAGUCGUCGAAUCCAAUAACAGGUGAUUUGAAGCCUCCAAUAAUCCGACCGCCAUCUUUAUCAGCUUUAUUUCGCACGGCAAGCAACAAUUUUCGCCAGAAAUUAGGAAUGGAAUGCUUGGAAGAAAAAGCAGGAAAUGACCAGAAUAACAAAAAGUCGUUUCAACUCGGGACAUGCGUGAACGAAGACGAGGAUGGGGAGGGAAUGGAAGGAAUCGAUUCGGAUGGCAGUGAGUCAUCGGCAGACAGUUAUGAGUCACAGGAGAGACCACACCCUAAUUUGAAUUACAAGAGUCUCUAUGUGUUCCAUCAGACGACUCCACCUAGAAACAUCGCCAUCAAGAUGUACUCAGCGUGGUGGUUUGAGAAAGUGAGCAUGGCUGUCAUCCUGCUCAACUGCGUCACUCUUGGCAUGUUCCAGCCAUGCGAGGACAGAGACACCUGUGUAUCCAGGAGGUGUCAAGUUUUGGAGUUCCUCGACCUGUGUAUCUCCAUCUUCUUCAUGGUGGAGAUGGCCACCAAGGUGUUGGCCAUGGGUUGCUGGGGAGAGGCAGGCUACUUCAGAGACACCUGGAACAAACUAGACGCUUUCAUAGUCUUCUCAAGUAUAAUUGAGUACACUGUCAACCUGGAAAACGUAAGCAUCUCAGCUGUGAGGACUGUGCGCGUACUGAGACCACUGAGGGCAAUCAAUCGAGUUCCAAGUCUUCGGAUCCUAGUGAUGUUGCUACUGGACACUUUGCCGAUGUUGGGCAAUGUGUUGAUGCUCUGUUUCUUCGUCUUCUUCAUCUUCGGAAUCAUAGCCGUGCAGCUGUGGGCGGGCAAACUGCGCAACAGGUGUUUCCUCAAUCACACCAUGAUACAACACAUCAACGUCACGGACUACCCUCUCCCGCCCUAUUACGAGACUGGUAUCUACCCGGGCUACGGUCUCUUCAUCUGCAGCCGCAGUCAAGGUGGCAACUUCCACUGUGGGGACCUCCCUAGAUGGCAGCACAACCACAACUACUGCGACAAGACAUUCGAGGAGGCCGGCGUGGCGGAGUUGUCAUAUGCUGUGAUGUCAGACCACUGCAUCAACCUCAGCUCCUAUUACACUGAGUGCAGAGCAGGAGCUGACAACCCCUUCCAGGGUGCAAUCACCUUCGACAACAUACUACUCGCAUGGGUCGCCAUUUUCCAGGUGAUCUCUUUGGAAGGUUGGGCAGAUAUCAUGUACAUUGUGCAGGACAGCCACUCAUUCUACGACUUCCUCUACUUCGUCUUCCUCAUCGUGAUAGGAGCGUUCUUCAUGUUGAACUUGUGUCUGGUGGUAAUCGCAACUCAGUUUUCGGAGACGAAGAGAAGGGAGAGUCGGCUGAUAAAUGAGCAGAGACAAAAAGAGAGGCAGAAGGAGAGGGGAUCCCAGGACUCCUCGCUCUCCAGCUCCUUCCAGGGUCCCGAGAUAGGGGCCGGGUGCUAUGAUGAAAUAGUUGCGCUCAUAGGUCACACACUCCGUAAAAGUAAACGUCAACUGGAGCGAUUCGUAGCCAAGUUCCUUGGUAAAAACAAAGCUACAGUUGCCCCUCACAAACUGAGACGUUCUUGCACUUGUGUUGCCAGUCAAGAAAACCAGAACCUCAACUGCGGUGACAGAACGGAAAAAGUUGUAUGCAUAUGUGGUGGCUCUUUAUGGACUCUCGAAAGUUCUCAGAGAUACAACUCAAACUUAAAUUGCGCCUUUCUUGCCGACCAAAGCUCAGUGAUUAAAAGAACUGGCUGUACCAAUUUUGAUAACCUGCAGCCAUUGCUAACUAGACAUAACCAAGACUCGUUGCCGACAAUAAAUCCAGCAGAAGAGAGUCCUGAGAUUUCACGGAUCCCGACGCCUCAGAUUCCACUGGCGUCCCAGGACAACUUGACACUCUUUGAGAUGUCGCUUUGUGGAACACCCGUAACUGCAAGAGGGGUUUCGUCUGGCGUGUUUCAAAGAAAAAGAAGCGGAUCAUUUGAGAGGGGUCGUUUCCCUGUCAAGAGUCCUUCAAUUGGAGACUACGCAAAAAUUAGACAAACCCCAUCUGGUGGAGCGUCUGCGACAUCUCUCUAUUGUUCCAAGACGUCUCUUCAAAGCUUUGAUAACAGCCGAUUCAACCACAGCAGAAAUCCCAACAAUCAUCACGAAGGGAGUCCAAACCGACACGAGAACAACCGCAUUUCUGAGAUGUGGGAGGAGGAUCCAGUUCAGGUCCCGAUUGGAGAUUCUUCGGGUAGCCACGGAUGUUCCGAGGGGCCGGACGAACAGCAUACGUACAAACAGAUCAGAGAUCAAGAGGAAAGAGAGAAACAAACUUCUAACCAGCAGUCAGCACGAAAACAUGUCAGCCAGCAGUGGAGGUUUAGUGACGUCAGCAUCCCACAACAUGAAGUAUCCAGAUACGAAAAAGCUUUCCUGCGAGUUCGUGGGUGGGUGGACUCGGACAUGUUCAUGUAUGGCAUCUUCCUCUGCAUCCUCCUAAACACCAUGAGUAUGGCCAUCGAAUUCCAUCUGCAGCCGGACUGGCUGACUGAGAUAGUGGAGACUAGUAACUUGAUAUUCUCCCUCAUUUUCGCUCUGGAGAUGCUUAUCAAAGUGGGGGUGCAUGGAGUGUUGGGCUAUGCGAAGAACGGAUACAACCUAUUCGAUGGAUUCAUCGUCAUCAUCAGCCUAAUUGAACUGUUCGGCGGUGGCGGAGGGGACGGGUCAGAGGGAUCCUCUGGUGGCUCCUCGGGUCUCUCUGUUCUCCGCACUUUCCGACUGUUGAGAGUUCUCAAGCUGGUGCGAUUCAUGCCUGCUCUCAGACGACAACUGCUGGUGAUGCUGAAGACGAUGGACAACGUGGCCACUUUCUUUGGACUUCUUAUGCUAUUCAUGUUCAUAUUUAGCAUUUUGGGCAUGCAUCUGUUCGGGUGUAAAUUCUGUGAUGUGGAUGCAGUUACGGGACACAGGGAGUGCGACCGGAAGAACUUCGACAGUCUCCUCUGGGCUGUAAUCACCGUCUUCCAGGUUUUGACGGGAGAGGAGUGGCAAAUGUUAAUGUACACCUCGAUGCAAAGCGUAGGCCCCUACUCCUGUCUAUAUUACGUGGUCGUCAUGACCUUCGGAAAUUACAUCCUACAGAACCUACUCGUCGCCCUCAUUAUGGAGGGGUACAAAGAGAUCCUGACACAGGAGGCGUGGUACCUGGUGCUGUACAAUGGCAUGUCUUACACACACCCCUCGGCCGCCAUCUACUUUGUGGCUCUAAUGACAUUCGGAAAUUACAUUCUGUUCAACCUACUAGUCGCAAUUCUGGUCGAGGGGUUCUCAAACGAUGACGAGAAGAAAUCAAGAGCUAGUUCUUGUGUGGGAGGGAAACUAGAGGAACCAGUGACCAAAGAAGAGUUCGAGGAGGCAGAAAAAAGUAACCAAAAUCCGCAAUUGCUUCCGGUGUCCAAAAGAAGUUCCCCAGCUCACCUGUCAUUAAACGAAAACCAGCAGCUUCAACUAACUAGUCACAGUAGGAACAAUUUUGGCUCCUCGCCGACGGCACAGACCUCGCAAUCUUCCCUAGGAGCAUGCAAGACUCUGCAAGAUGUGGCUUCUCUCGAGUAUCAUCAGCAGCCGAGUGCGACUCUGGUUCCGCCUACCAUCAUCCAGACUGCGGCCACCCCUCCCAGCUUGUUCCAGUCAGUUAUGUCCGAUCUGGACACAGACUUGGACGCCUUCUGUGUACAUUUGAAUACUGACUAUGAAUCUACGCCAUGCAAGACAUCGUGUAUGUCAGAGGGAAGGUCCUGGCUGUCAGUGCCCGAGGAGCGUCGCGGAUCAUCCCCUCGGGUCACAGUCAUGUGCAGACCAUACUCGGCUGACUACGAGAACACUUACACUCGUCCUCCAAACAACAACAAUUCAAAGCCGGCAAAUAGAAAAACAUCUGUUUCAAUUAGCAACAACAGGAACUGCAGGAAGAGCUCGAUGGUUUCGCAGACGACCAACUCUAACUUGUGCAGACUACUAUACGACUACCACUUGGAGAGCCACAACAACAACAACAGCAACUCCAACUCGUCAUAUCAGAUCACAUACAAAUUGCCACCAGCCGUUGAAAAGCGUCUUUCGUUUGCAAUGAAGCAACAGAUUAAAUCGAUGAGCAUACCGCGUCCCAGCACCAUAUCAUACGCAUCAUCCACCUGCUCCUCAGUGCCCCCCUCUCUCCCCCUCGCCAGGGACGGAAACCCACUAAAUCUGGUGGAUACCCGACGCGCCUCUUUCUCCCCGAGAGGAGAGGGCGGGUUGGUCGGCGGAGGAGGUCAUUUUAGAGGUAGCAAGACUUCGAGUUCCACCGGAGAAUCCAAGAAUGUCUCGGACGGGAUCCAGCCGAUGUUGGUGGCUCCUCCGGAGCUGGUCGCUCAUUUGGAGAGAACCCAAAUGAAAACGAGGAUGAAGACAGUUACGUACAAGUUGUCUCGAUUGCAUCCCUGCUUCCAGGAGAGGGAACAGUACUCGCUCUACGCAUUCGCACCAGAAAAUAGGUUUCGGAGACAGAUGCAGCGCAUAAUUGGCUACAACUGGUUCGACUACACUAUCUUAGUUUUCAUUCUGGCCAACUGCUGUGCCAUGGCAUUAGAGAGACCUACUCUAGCUCCAGAUGACCCAAACCACACAGUGGACCCACCAAUUCCUUGGGAAGAGUGGAGCGAUCUAUUCGAGCUAGCGAUAAUCGCGAAAGAGAAUAUCGACAUCGAAAAUCUCUUGAAUCCAACGGAACGAUAUCACCCACCUCCGCCAACAUUGGAAAAUCCGCCGGAAAACGAAUCCGACGCCCAAAAAACAUCACGCAUCGAGAGGAAUAUCCAAGAACAAAAGAGAUUCGAUGAUGAAGAAAUGGCCUCAAUAAAGUUAGAAACCAAGAAAUUCAACGACAAAGGGAAGUCGAUCUUAAGCAGAAAAAGGGCCCUCGACUGGAACGCUGACGAUCGGGUAGAGGACGAAUACAAAGACUCCCUCAUACCGAAAAAGAACCAGUCACCAUUGGAGAAAGGCUAUGAUUCAGACCUUCCUACUACUUCAAAACCUCAAUCAUCCCGAGUGUCCUUAAACAGUCCGUUUAAAGGUCCAAGAAAGUCAUACAAAUCGAAGACACAACAGACGCGGAAACCAGACACUAAGACAGGAAGACAAACAGAGUCGUUCACCCCGGUCACCACCAGAUCUAGAGGAACGAACCAGCCUUCAAAAUCCAUCAAAUCGAAGAAGAACCGAAAUAAAGCCUCGACGUCGAAUACUGGAUACCUAGCAGGUGACGAAUCAAUGUUUAUUCCGUCGGAUACGUUGGACAUUAGCGAUUGGGAAUGGAUCGCGGGAGGUUUUCCAUGUAGAGAAAUGAUAACAAAACGCUUCAUUUCAGAUAACGACAAUUUUAAAAAAGAACCUACCUCAUCAUUAGACCCUAAAAUAUAUCAAACUAAUAUAAAACCUGAGAUUUUAGACGAACAAUCUCAACCCUCUGACACAGCGGAAUGCCCAAUUAGUAUAAAACCAGCACCUCAAACUACCUCACACCCACCUGACGAACCUUCUACGGCUACGACAAUGGAGCCGCCAAACAUUCCUUCGGAUUGGACAAAACCAUUGGUGGGAGAAAAACCGGUCGAUUUCCCAGUUUUCGAAAUAGAGGACUCCUCAGACGAAAUUGGAACCAGCGAGGAAAGACAUCCUAAGGAAACUAAUACCACCGGUAACGAACUUAUUUUAAGAGGUUCAAGCCGAAAUGUUGGCCCCCCUAAAUUCUAUGGUAAGCGAUAUUACAUAGAUAUUAUAGAUGAGUUAGUAAACCAACCAGGCUCCGCUAUUAACCCUAUAUCUCUGGACGAGGAUGACAACUCGAGCUCCCUCACACAAACUUUCAGAGAGAAUCCCUUGGAUAAUCAGACCAACAUUUGCAACACACUACCGGAAGACAGUACACCGGACCUAGCAUACACCCAAUCUCCUGAUCAAUUCUCCAUCGCCUCUACCGACGAUUCUCUGAGAGAUGCCGUGAACUGUUUUGAAAAUUACAUCGACUUAGAUAGUGAAAUUUUCAACGCCGAGCUGGAAAAAUUUAUGGAAGGGGACAGCUAA